AACAACAAAAGGAAAAAGGAACUCUUUUUGCAAUAUUGUAUAUAAAUAUAUGUAUGUGAAAAUGCGCUCGUCUCCAAAAACUCAGAGAGAAAGUUACCCAACGCAACUACAGUAUCAGUUAAAAAAAUAUGGCCGAACCGGAAAAUUCAAGGUUCGGAGCAAUCUCUCUUUUUUUUAAUAGUUGUCUGAUGGCGAUGACCACGGGAUAUCAUGUGACUGUCUUGAACCCGAUGACACCAGUUAUAGUAAAUUUGUUCAAUCAAACUCACGCGACUCGCUAUGGUACUCCGAUGCCCCCUUCCGUCUCCACGUCCAUAAUGGCCAUCGUUAACUCGUUUAUAUUUGUCGGAGGAUUCGUCGGUGGGUUGUCCACCAAGUUUCUGUUGGGCUGGUUUUCCCCAAAACGGGUCAUGCAGAUCGGCCACGCGGUCAGCUUGCUUUCGAUUUUGAUAAUGGCGCUGAUAACUGGACUCACAGGAUCCUACGAAGUUCUUAUUGUCGGUCGGUUCUUUGCUGGUAUAACUGUGGGUGUUUCAUACAACUUGCCGUCGCUGAUGGUUGCAGAAACAAGUGCGCCAGCGAAGUUUGGCUUCUGGCAAAGUGUCGUGGGUUCUGCUGUAACCUUCGGCAUUUUGGUAGCUGCAGUUUUUGGUCAUCCGAAGCUGCUAGGCACAGCAACGCUUUGGCCCGUUGGUAUUUCACUGGCCGGCGUACCUUCCAUCAUUUAUCUGAUCGGAAGUAUUUGGUUGCCGGAAUCGCCGUUUUAUUUACUUCGAAUGAAGAGAGAAGAUGAAGCGGUUGAAGUUCUCCAACAGAUACGAAGCGGGACAAAGAGUGAUAUAUUGAAAGAAAUUUCAAAAAUUAAAGAUGAAAUGAAAAACGUUGAACAAGUCGGUAUCAAAGAAAUGUUUACGAAUAAAGGAUACAGAAACCAGUUUUUUGCAGUUCUCGUUGUUUAUUCAAAUUUAGUCCUCGUGGGGGUGCAUACUUUCGUUAUUUAUUCAGAUCUUAUUUUUCGACAAGCGGGCAUUGCCGCUGAAAAUGUGACGUUCGCCACAAUCGGAGUUUUUGCCCUGUCUUUCAUUGCUUCCAUAUUUGGGUCAAAAAUCGUGGAUCGUUUCGGAGGCUACAAAGUAAACAUUACAUGUAAUGGCAUCCUUAUCUUUGCGAUUGUGCUGUUCACUAUAAGUCAGGCCACUGCCCACCUGGCACCGUUGGCAAUGCCGUACGUAUCGAUCGUUGCAGUCGCGAUAUUUAUGUGCGCGUGGUCCGGUGGAAGUAAUUUAGCUGUUUUUGCUUUGGUGGGUAAACUGACUGUUGAACCGACUCGAGCAACUGCAUACGGAUACGCCUCCAUGCUUCUGUGGACUCUUUCAUGGUUUGGAACCUUUAUACCCCCAUAUUUACAGAGUGGAUUAGGAGCUUAUAUGUUGAUGAUCUGGUUAUUUUUCGCCAUCGUGUUUCUCAUCUACCAUUUGCUGCUGAUCCCAGAUACGAAGAAAAAUAGCAGCGAAGAAAUCCAAGCUUACUUCAGUGGGGCAAGGCAAAAUAAUACAAAUGAAACGAUUGAAAUGUUUAACAACAUAUAGGCAAACCAGCAGCAUAUUAUAUAGCUUCUGUGCAAAACACGCUAUAUUAAAAUAGCUUGCAAUACUAAACUUACGUUUGAUAAUAAAAAAUAUAAUCACUACAUGCAUAUAGUUAUAUCUAAAUUUGUUUAAAAGCGGGUGCGCUCGAUAGGGGUUGGUUUUAAUAACUUUGCAACCGUAUAUUUGUUUGGCAGCCAGAGAUUUGUAUAUAAUAUCAUAUUAAGUCAAAAUGUUUAAUUGCAAGCGAAUUUUUUAAAUAAUCGGCAGGAUGUUUUUCGCAGCGUAUAGCGUCAUUGACGCACCGCAUUAGUCUUGCUUCAAUUCUUUAGGUUUGGCAAAGUGGUUUAAAGGUAUGACCUCGGCGACCUUCGGUUUUAAGUGACCGCAUUGACAUCAUUUUUUUGCGCUGUUGCAGAAAGAAGCGCAUUUUUGCAGUUAUUGCAGAAUUGAGUUUUCGCAUACAGCAUUCUGUAUUUACAAAACAAAAUAACAGUCACCGAUACA